CAACAGGUGAGUCAGUUGUUUUGUGAUAAAUCUUUGGAGCCAUUAUAGGACCACGUGACUUCUUACCCGGGCAGUAGGCAUCAAGCUCAGUACGUUUACUGCGGUAGAGGUGUUCACGUCUAAAACAGAGGAACAGAAAUGAAGAAUUCUAUUGGUUCACUCCUUGCCUUGGUCACCAUGGUGGCUUACAGUUCUGCAUCAACUAAUUGCACACAACCAUUGGAGAUACGGAGUGGCCUUAAAAUAUUAGUCCAUAAAUACCUCUGCAACCAAGAAGUAGAUAAUGCUGAUCUUCAAACGGAACCAGAAAUAUUUUAUGAUGCCCCCUUACGGCAGGAUCGCAAUUAUACCUUAUUUCUAUUAGAAAACAACAACAAUACAGGAAGCUAUAAGAUUCACUGGUUUCUUACGGAUAUUAUUCCAAUAAACAAAUCAUUAACAGCUAACAAAACAAUUGUCGAAGGAUACAAACCUCCAAUGAACUCCAAGAACUCCCAUUUUACAGUCCUUAUGUACGGACACCACAACAAUUUUCAUCCAAUAUCUCCAUCACAUACCGAGAUGGAUAAUUUUAUUCCAAACACGUGGGCAGCACCUAUUCCAAAUAUCACGUUAGAAAAUAAUGCAACGUUCCUUGUUACAGGAAGGAAUACUUCACAUCUUCAUCCAUCUGGUGUAAUCCACCCACACACUACAACACAGACACAUACAUCGCAAACACAUCCUACACACCCAACAUUUGAAUCACCAAAGACUACUAUCAGACCACAAUAUGUAACAGAAAAAGUUACCGAAAAACAAACUGAAUAUCACGUUUAUAAUUCUACAAACAGCAGCAGUACUAAUCAUAAUUCACCAUCUCAUUCUCAUAAAAGUAGGGCAACUAACCACGUAUGCAGCCUUACUGUUAUGUUCAUUCCGUUAAUAUCACUUAUAACAAAAGUGAUAUUCUAAUUCUUUAUUAAAUAGUUAUUUUGAAUAUGUAACAAUAAUUUUAUUGCUUGGAACUUUUGACCAUUCAAAAAUUGUUGUAGUAGCAGUUUACGCCGAAAAGUUUUCAAGAAAUGUUUUCUUGGGAUUGUAUCAAUUUUUAAUUUUUAAAUGUAUCUCUGUGAUUUAAUCACAGUUAUUACUGAAGUACGCAUAUCUAAAAUGUGAAUAUUAUAAAAUUAAAUAUUUAGUGUAUGAUAUCAAGUACAUAUAUUCAUAUAAGUCCUAAAAUUAUGUAUAAACUGUGAAUAAGUAUAUUAAUCCUUUAUUGUUAGGAUGUUGUUAAUGAUUUUAGCUGUAUUUUUUAUUGGA